AUGACCGGAGGGGACAUGGCCGACCUACUUAUCUUCCUAAUCGAAGCAGCCAACACCUCAUCUACUGAUGGUAAUCAUGAAAGCCCAUUCCCUGAACUCCCAUCUGUCGCCGAACAAUUCACCAAACUACAACUCAAAUUAAUGCAAACGGAUAUACUUGCUAUACUUGAAAAAGAUCUCAACGAAGUCUCUAAUAGACAUAUACGCGAAUCUAAACCACUUGGAGCAAAAGCUUUUGAAUAUGGAAUAGAAAAACAGACUUACCAAGCCCUCAAAUUAUGGAAUGCUACUAUAAGUGGUGUGGUGAACAACAAAUCGUUGUUAGGAUCAGUUGAAGAGGCAGAACGGGGUUUUAUGAUGAGUUUGAACGAGGCGAAAAACCGUCUGAGAAGUGCGAAUUGUGAUUCUGUACGUCGAUGGUGUGAUAUAUUCUUGGAUGAUCUAGUUUCGAAUUUUCGAUUGGCGGUGGAGGAGACGAUUGGUGGUCGUCCGGAAAAUGAAGUAUCAUUGAAGCGAAUUCUUAAGAAUCAUGAGUUGCCGAUUAUGCGGAAAUUCUACGAGCCAUUUAGGUUCGUAGGGGUAUCUCAUAUGCCGGAGGGUGCGCCGCCCCAUAAUCUGUCCGGAGCAGGAACAGUGUCUAUGGGUACAGGGUCUGUACUGGGUACAGGGUCUGUACUGGGGACAGGGUCUGUACUGGGGACAGGAUCGAUCCAGAUUCCCGAGUGUUGUCAGGUUACUGAAAAGAUGUUCCGUGAGAGGCUGGAACUAGCUGGCGGAGAGAUAGAACGAGAAAACGAGCGUGUGGUACACGCGUUGAUGGAGGAAUUGAAUGCGGAAGUGAACCGAAAAUUCCAUAGUUGCGUUUCCAUGAGUUCAUCUGAGCUGGUUUCUAUCGAAUUGAACGAGUUACGCACGCGUUUAUACGGUUGCAAAAACGCUGCUUUGUUCGUGUUCGAUUCGGAAAUGAAGGAGCUUGGAUUGUUGAACCUGAUGGUGGUAAGGAAGAGCACGGCCCAGAACCGGUUGGAGAACGAGGAGGAGGGCAUUGUGAACCAAUGGGCAAAUAAGUGUCGCGAAACGGCGCUGGGCUUUCUGACAACGGCGCAGAGCCGUUAUCGAAUCGAUAUAAGAAGGCAAGUUUCGCUGCCCGCUACGGAGGAGGAGUUGCAGGCAGCGAUAAAGAAGAUGGGCGACCAGUUGGUGGCUGAUUACAAUAAACAGGUCAUUUGCCAUGAUACAGAAUUUGGAUUGGAGUUCGAUCAGAAAUUAAAAGAGGUAAUGGACAGCGCUGAAGAGGAUGCAAUUCAGGCAAACAUCAAGACGGUUACGGACAUUUUUUCGCCGACAUUGCAGCAAUUACGGGAAGAUAUGCAUAGUCGAGUUGGGGAAUUCUUUUGGCUACCGUCCUUCGUUAAAGAGACUGAGGUGCAAGCUCAGAAACGUAUUAUCGCCGCAAUGGAGGGUGCGAAUGCACACGCAAAUGCACACAAUAAUGAAAGUAGAGGGAGCGAACGCCCCAUCGUAAGUCCCAACCUCGUAAGGCAAUCGGCCAAGCGUUUCUGUGAUGAUUCUCUCCAGGAAGCAAGACAGCGUAUCAACACUGCAGCUGUCACAAGACUGGUUAACCUUGGUGUCGCCGCUGGCCUAGCCUUCAGUGGUGCCCGGAACCAGAAUAACGGCCGUUCCAUGUACGGAUUGCUCUUCCUUGUCCUCGGCGGCAUUGUUGCACUCGGCAUUAUUGCUGAACUACAUGUCACCAUCGCCCAAUCCUACCUCAAGAACCUCUUACCACUAGACCACUGGGCUGCACUCACUGUCGGUGCCGGACUUGGCUCCGUUAUCGCAACCACCAUCUAUUGCUGUCUUCUAAACUAUACUAAUCCCUCAUCUAACCUCACGAACAAAACAAUCAACGAACCACCCGAAUUCGUAGAAGGAUACUACAUGCAAGACACCGCUCCACCCAACACCAGUCGUCGUACCGCCCCCGCCCAAGUCUACAGAAGCAGCCAUGGGUGCAACGGAAUACACUGA